CCAGGCGCCGCCGCCCGCAGCCAGAGCGAGCGGAGCCUCGGCCAGGCCAGCCCCAGCGGGCGCGCGAGCGCGCCGCAGCCCCAUCCGCCCGCAGAGCGGACCGAGCCGGACGCCGAGCGCUGCCGCGAGAGGCGGGCGAGCCAGGCAGGUGCUUCGGGCCGCGCCAUGGACGGGCUGCGCCUGCUGCUGCUGCUGCUGCUCCCGGGGGUGUCCCUAGGAGGUGCCACGGAGACAUGUCCCACAGGCCUGUACACCCACAGCGGCCAGUGCUGCAAGGCCUGCAACCUGGGUGAGGGUGUGGCCCAGCCCUGCGGAGCCAACCAGACUGUGUGUGAGCCCUGCCUAGACAGCGUGACCUUCUCCGACGUGGUGAGCGCCACAGAAUCGUGCAAGCCAUGCACCGAGUGCGUGGGCCUGCAAAGCAUGUCGGCGCCGUGCGUGGAGGCCGACGACGCCGUAUGCCGCUGCGCCUACGGCUACUACCAGGAUGAGGCAACAGGCCGCUGCGAGGCGUGCAGCGUGUGCGAGGCGGGCUCCGGCCUCGUGUACUCAUGCCAGGACAAGCAGAACACCGUGUGCGAGGAGUGCCCCGACGGCACCUACUCCGACGAGGCCAACCACGUGGAUCCGUGCCUGCCCUGCACCGUGUGCGAGGACACAGAGCGCCAGCUUCGCGACUGCACGCGCUGGGCGGACGCGGAGUGCGAGGAGAUCCCUGGCCGCUGGAUCACUCGGCCCACACCCCCAGAGGGCGAAGACAGCACAGGGCCCAGCACCCAGGAGCCUGAGGUACCUCCCGGACAAGACCUUGUGGCCAGCACAGUGGCAGACGUGGUGACCACCGUGAUGGGAAGCUCCCAGCCCGUAGUGACUCGAGGCACUGCCGACAACCUCAUCCCCGUCUACUGUUCCAUCCUGGCUGCCGUGGUCGUGGGCCUCGUGGCCUACAUCGUGUUCAAGAGGUGGAACAGCUGCAAGCAGAACAAGCAAGGAGCCAACAGCAGACCCGUGAACCAGACGCCCCCACCCGAGGGCGAAAAGCUGCACAGCGACAGCGGGAUCUCUGUGGACAGCCAGAGCCUGCAUGAUCAGCAGCCCCACACGCAGACGGCCUCAGGUCAGGCCCUCAAGGGUGACGGCGGCCUCUACAGCAGCUUGCCCCCUGCCAAGCGGGAGGAGGUGGAGAAGCUCCUGAACAGCUCGGCCGGGGACACCUGGCGGCACCUGGCAGGCGAGCUGGGCUACCAGCCCGAGCACAUAGACUCCUUCACCCACGAGGCCUGCCCCACCCGCGCCCUGCUCGCCAGCUGGGCCGCCCAGGACAGCGCGACGCUCGACGCCCUCCUGGCCGCGCUGCGCCGCAUCCAGCGAGCUGACAUCGUGGAGAGCCUGUGCAGCGAGUCCACAGCCACGUCCCCCGUGUGAGCUGACGGCCGGGAGCCCCCCGCCCUGUCCCCACAUUCCGACGACUGAAGCUCCGGCCAGCCCCCUCGGAGCCCAUGUCCCCAGGGGUGGGCCAGCCCACAGAGCUGGGCUCCACUGGGCAGGGCCUCCGAGCCUGGCCCACACUACAGCCCUGCCACACCUCUCUGUGGCCCCUCGCUUCUGAUCACAACCCUCUCCAGCGAGAGAAGUGGCCUUCCCUGCCCCCGCCUGCCCUCCCUUCCACCCACGCUAGGAAGGCAGCCCUUCCCACCUCAGCUGGGGAGGAGCUGCCCUCAAGGAUGGUGUGGGACAGUGACGAGGCCCAGAGACUCAGGAGGAGGUCCUGAGGAGCCAGAGCCAUGGACUCUACACUGUGAACUUGGGGAGCGAGGGGGACUGUACUAGCCUAAGCCCUCCCGCGCCCUCCCUGCUGGCCUGAGAUGAGAGAUCAGGGGCCUGGCUGAGCUGGAAGCGGGUGUGGAACCCUGUCCCCCCUUCCUUUUACAUGCAGGACAGUGAGGCCCAGAGAGAGGCAGUGACUCGCCCCAGGCCACCCAGCCAAGGGGGAUGCCGUGCAGCCCCCCUCUCUGAAUGAGGGCCCCCAGGUUUGUGGAGGGCUGGGGGAGGAGUCCAAGUGGCUUCGGGGAAAUGUCCUGAAGCUCAGUCCUCUCUAGGGUACCCAUCAGGCCCCUGUGUGGCCCCUCUGGGCUGGGCUGCUUGCCCGAGGCCUGGCCCUCGGGUCUGUCCGCAGGAGUCGGGUUUGGGGAUUGUGGGAAGGGAUGCUGCUGCCCGAUGCCUGUGCCCCGUGGGCUUGUCCCCCUGUCUGUUGGUGCCCCUUGUCCUGGCACAGACCUGGAGCCAACACACCCCUAGGAGUCAGAGACCAGGCCCCCACUUCCCCCCAGCAACACACACACAGGAUGGGACUUUCUGAGUCCCGUCUCAGCUGAGGACUGGUCCCUGCUGGGGCCGCUGCCAGUGCUGCAUCUUGGUGGGAGCUGAGCUCGGCCGGACUGUCUCCUCCACCCCGGCCUUGGCCGGCCAAGGAUGCUGAGCCCGGGCCUGGCGUCCGUCUGUCUUCCAGGGCCCUGCGUGGGGGAAUGCUCCCCGCCCCUUCCCACAGCCGGGCCUUGGCUGGGCCCAGAGAUUUUGAUGAAGAAAAGCAGGCCGGUGGUGUGGGAACGAAGCAAGAAGGAAUCAAGUUGGACUCAUCACCUCUAGGGGUUCCUCCCAACUUAGAAGACCCGUUUCCUUAGAGUGGCCAGAAAGGGGCCGUGGGUCUCAGUGGCGUUUUCACCCCUUUCUUGGCCUGUUGUUUUGCUUGCUGUUGGAAUGAAUGUGCCCCCUCUAUUUAGCAUGAAGGAGCCCGGGCAGGGGGUGCAGGGACCGCCGUCCCUCCCCACCCAGGGCUCUCCCAAGCCUGUAGUAGGGACUAGGAGCAUUGCACUAGGUGACACUUGGUGACCUCAGUCUGUGAUAGGAGGAAGCACACCUGCUGGCCCCUCACCCAAGCCCCUGGGGCAUGGAACAGACUGAGGGUAUUUAUUUUCCUGCACCACAGCUGGGGAGGGCGUUAGGGGCUGCGAGUAUGUUGUAGCAUGUGUUUGGUUCUAGGGUCCCCGCCUCCCUCCCUUGGGCUGCGACAACGGAACCCUUUUGGCCCUGCAGCUGGGAGCUGCGUGCUCCAGACCUCCUGCCACCGGCCUGUCACCUCCCCUUGCAUCCUGUGUAAUCAUUUCUUGGGCCCUCCUGAAGCCUACACAUAGAACAUAAGUGAUGAACAUUAAAUAGCAAAGAAAGAAAAAGUA